AUGGCCGAUACGGGGCAACGGAAAAUGCCACCAGAUCAUAAGCUAGCUGAAGAAACCUCCGGGAAAAACAAGAAGAAAAAGAUUGAAGAACCUCCGCAAGCAAUUAUGGAUGACCGGAUGGAAGAACAAGGUGAAGCAGAGCAACACUCGGCAGAAACGAAAAAGAACAUGGAAGGGGGUUUCGUCUCAUACAAAGCCUCCCUGAUGGGUUUCAACGGCGUGGCGCACGGCGCGAACCCGAUGGAGGAGGAUGAUCUUUUCAAUGCUGAGAGCGAGUUACAUUGGAAAUUACCGGAAGUAUCUGAAGAGUUCAAAAACCAAAUGGAAAUAUACCCUGUGGUUCCUGUAAGCGAGGAAGAAUUCAAUGAGUGGUGCCAGCCCUGGAAUUAUGCACUGGUGCUAACAGUGCUAGGUAGAAGGUUCAAUGUGUAUGCUCUAAAAGAUUACCUGCGAAUUUUGUGGGGUUUCUCGGACUUUGAUUUAAUCGACCUCCCAAAUAAUUACUUCCUCGUUCGCUUCAGCGAAUCUGAUCAAUGGAAAGCUCAUUACCGAAAAGUCUUAUAUGAUGGGCCAUGGGUAGUAAAACAACACUGUGUCCUGGUGCAGAGAUGGUUGUCAUAUUUCAACCCCCAUCAGAAUCCUCUGUGGCGGGUCGCCACAUGGGUGCGGAUCCCUGAUAUACCCAUGCACUAUUAUAACAGUCAUUGCAUUACCAGAAUAGGUGAUUGUAUUGGUCGAACUCUGAAGGUGGAUAUUAAUACUCUCAGCAAUGGCCUGCACACAAAUCAGACGAAGGUCGAGAGAGGCAAGUAUGCAAGAAUUUGCGUGGAGCUUGAUUUGCAAAAGAAACUGGUACCCAGAGUCAUUGUUGCUGGAGAAAUCUUCAAUGUAGAAUACGAAGGGCUAGGAGUAAUCUGCUUUGCUUGCGGCAGGUUUGGUCAUCGGCGUGAAGCAUGCCCCUGGAAAGUCAGUAUGAACACGCAAGAGCCAAGUGCUUCAACGUCACCGCCGAUCGUAGUUGCACCAUCGAAAAUGCCGGAAAAGAACAAGGCUGACACUGAUGAGACGUUUGGGGUAUGGAUGCUUGCUGGCAAAUCUUCUAGGGCUCAGUUCCCGAAGUAUGGAGAGCAGAAGCCUGGGUUGCGUACUGCAGCUAGUCAGCCGAAGGCUAAGCGAACAGAGAAAAUGUAUGUGCAGAAAUUGAGAUUCUCAGAUGCAGAAGGAAAGGCCAUUGUCCUUUACCAGAAGAAGAGGGCUCUAGAGGGGGUCAAGGAGCAACCACGUCGAGUUAGGAAUGAACAGGGGCGGAAAAAUGCUCAUAGUCCAAGGGUAUCUACUAAGGACCUGGGAAAGGAGAACCAGCCACCUCCGAAUGGGCCGAACUUUGGACCUGGGCCGGAUAAAAUUAUAAGAAACAAAGAAACUGAGGUAGCUUCACAAAUGGGCCAGACAAAACAGAUAAAGCAGAAGAGCCAGCGGACCCAUAGGGUGGUAAUGGGCAAUGUGGAACAAGCAGAAUCAAAAUUUGACGAAGCCCAAUUGAGUACAAUAGAUAGGUGCAACAUAGAAGAACCACACAUACCGUCCCAAGCACUUAAUCUCGUCACGAACACUAAUGACGAGCAACAGGGAUAG